UGAGCCCAACCUCUACAUACGCCCGAGCGUGUUCUGUGGCCCAUAUAUUAGGUUCCGUUAAGCCCAUUUGGAACCACGGGCCAUUCUCUCAUGUUAAGGCUCACGAUCCAUGGCCGAUUGGAAAAUUGGCCCUAUCUUCGUCAAACUUGCGGUUGUGAGCAACCGCUGAAUUUUCCGGCCAUGGAAAAUUGCUUCGUUGGAAGCCAUGGCAUGGCUGUUUGUAAGAAAUUGAAGAGGUCAUUUCGCUGCUGCUCAAUGUUCCACAAACCCAAGCUUCGCACCUCACGGAACCAUCAAAUUUCAUUGAGGAAGCUAAUGGUUUAGCUGUUGAAAGGAAUGUCUGACAUUUGCAAGUUCUCACCUGGGUUUAAGCAGUAGGGGUUUCUGUGAAUAUCAAUUACCGUAAAUGUAGCUGAUGUGAAGCAGACGCGAGAAAAAACGGAGUUCUUGUUUGGUCGAUCCUAAAAGUAAGGAGAAGCAUACACUUGUUUGGUUGCCUAGACGCCGAUGCAAAUCUUUUAGGGUUGAAGGUUACGUAUAGGCUCGGAAUGUCUAAACAAAAAGUCAACAAACGCCAACAGUAAACGAAUUACAAACAUAUUUCUGUUGGGUCAAACCCAAAACCAUUGAGUUAUGAACCAAUUUUAGUUUCGACGACUUUGCGAGGAAAUUGGAAGUUCUCAGGUCAGUCUAACCGUUCCCUGAGGUCGAGGAUAUGGAGUUUGGACCAGGCGAAGAGACUUGUGCUGGGACCAAGGGGACUAGGAUUCUCCAAUUUUGGGUGUUGUGGGUCUCCACGGAGCCGCCUCCUUCUGAACCUGCCGCCAUACCUGUGAAAAUUCGUUAGCUUCUGAAAGAAAAUCCCACCUUUGUUCUUUCUUCUUCCUAUUGCUAUUUAAGUGUGUAGAGAGCCUGGAAGACUCGUUGUCAUGUUUAAAAUGGAAAAGCACAUCCAGCGCCAAGACUCCAACUUGCAGUUUAAUAAGAACGUUCCAGGCUGCUUCUGGAGCAUAUUCCAUACUAUUGACUACCAUGGUUGGCACAAUGUUAAGAAGAUGCUUCCUCACAGAAAGCAUUCAAGAAGCAAGGAAUGUCCAAAAUCAACUCUGAACUGUCACCACUCCGCUGAAAUGCCAGAUGAUGUAAACAAGUCUCUAAUGUGCUCGGAAGAGAGUUGUCCUAUUGACAGAAAACCUAGAGUGGCCCAUGUAAAUGAAGUGAUAACUAAUUUGUCAGAGGAAGAAAGCCAAAAAUACUGGAAAUUGUGUUCCAGUUCAAAACGAAGGUUGAGUCGAACACAAUCUAUACAUCAUUUAGAGCCUUCGCAUUAUUCUCCGGGAUAUAAUGGUGAAAAAGGAGACAGUCAGAAAGCUCAUAUGAAAUUAGAUGCAUCUGGAAUCAGGAGUACUUCUCUGGAUGCUGUGGAUUCUCGAGACUACUUAAACCAGAGAAAGAUUGCUAUACUAUUCACAUCACUUACUGAAAAAUCUAGUGGAGUAAAGAAAACCUUAGAAACUAAUGAGAUCAACAGAAACGUCUCUAAUCGCUCAUUUAAGGAAGACUCUCACGUCCAAGAGAUAUUUAAGGCAAAUAGAAAACUAUUUGCUGAAUUGUUACAAGGUGCACACAAUAAGAACACUCUGCAAACCCCACAAAAUAAGAAGUCAUCAGCAAGUCUAGCGAAAUCAAGGUCCUUUCCUGCUCCUGGUUUAGCACGGAAAGGAUACAAAAAGCUUAGCUCACUCCAACACAAGCAGAUUGAGGCUUUUCCAAAAGUACAAAAAUCUGUUUCUCUCCAACCAUCAAAGCUAGUCGAAUCUGCAUCUCCCAAAAAUUUUCAUGAAGAUAUGAUGCCUUGUGACUCUGAUAGUACUACAGACCAUAACAUAAAACAAGCCACUUCUUCUUCUUUGGGAUCAAAUCGUGGACAAAAGCAUGGGGGGUGGAAUCAGUUGGUUGUCAAGCGUUUCAAUUUUAUUAAGCAGAAAAUAAGGCACUCAUUUAAGGAGAGGAAGAAGGGAAAUAACCAGAAAACAUCUAAAGGAAUUUCAAUCGGAGAUCCCUCUGGACAUGAACUUUCCCUUUACGGAGAAGAGGCACAUGAAAGUUUAGGAACUGCUACAAGCGAAGAUGGCUCAGGCAUUAGAGGAUACAGUGAGACUAGUAAUUCUAUGAGUGAUUAUCUCAGUAAUGAAGGUCAAACCAAGACAGGAAUUCAUUCAUUAAGUGCUUCUCGGGAAAGAUCUCAACUUUCUGUUGGCUCAGGCACUAUAGGAUGCAGUGUGACUGAUGAUUCCGAGAAUGAAAAUCUCAGUAGCAGAGUUCAAACCGAGACAGGAACUGCUUCAUUAAGUGCUUCUCUAGAAAAAUAUUCCCAACUGUCUGUGUACAGUUUUGAUAAAAACAGAGAGGCAAAGGGUUACCACUCACAAAGCGUAAGGCUUAUAAGUGAAGAAAAGAUCCCAAAUUUAGAGAUGCCUCAAAAACGCUUUGGAAGGAAUCUUUCUUCGCCUGAUAUUGAUCUCUUUUGUACAUUAUUUACUGACCUUCCUCAUGCCGUUUCUCGCACAGAAAAACCAAAGAGAGGUUUGACACAUUCAAGUACGGAUAAUAAUAUUCGAAUAGACGAGAAUCCAACUCAUCCAUUAAACUCACAUAUUUCUGAACCAUUGGAUGGUGAUUCACAGUGUAUGAUAGAAAGAGGUGAUGACAACAUGCAUAUUGAUUAUUCAAGUAGUUUAAACGAGAUCACAAUUGAUGAGGGAACUACUUGGCCAGAUAUGCUCGAAGAGGAAAUACCUCACCUAGAUAUUUCAGAUGGUAAACACCAUCAAGUAUUGGGUAAUGAACUCGUAGUCGAAGAUGUCAGCAACACUGUCGAUCAAGGCAGCGAGCUUUCACACACCACUCAAGUCUUAGAACUUGACACUUGUUUUCAAGAUGACGAAACUUCAAAACUCUCUGACUCUGAAGGUGCAAUAAUGAAUCCUAGGUGCAGUGUAGCAAAUGAACCUGAACUUUCGGAUGACCAACAUAACGAGACCAACACAGAAGCUUUACCAGCUUUUGAAACCACUGUCCAUCAUAAUAUAAUUGAUGACACUGAAAAGAUUUCUAACUUCCUCUAUCUGCAUUCCGAACUUGGUAGAAUCAAUAAUGCUAACUUCAACUAUAUGAGGCAUAUUCUUCAGCUGUCCAGCUUUAUUGAAGGUGGUCGCACAAUAGACCGACCACUCAAUCCUUCGAUAUUUGAAGGAGAGGAGGCCCACUUCUACAAAAAACUUGAAUGCUAUUGGGAGAAGGUUGACAAAGAUUCUGAUCAUCAGCUUCUGCUAGAUUUAGUUUAUGAAACAUUACAUAACAUAUAUGAAAAAUCAUUCACUUGUUUCCUCAAAACCUUCUCCUCAAGGAGCCAAAUUCGUCCAAUGCCACUUGGGCAAUACCUUCUUGAGGACGUUAGAGAAAAAGUUUCCUGGUACCUGAGCUUGGGACCAGAACUAGACCAAUCUUUAGAUGAUGUUGUAUCGCGAGAUCUAAGGAAAGGUAAUGAAUGGAUGAACCUUCAAUCUGAAACAGAGAUUAUAGCACUCGAGUUGGAGGAUUUGAUUCUUGAUGAGCUUUUAGAUGAAGUUAUGAGUUUAUAGGAUUUUAUUGGUUAGAUGUUGUUGAUAUACUGUAUAGUGGGAAUCUCCAAAUCUGUGUACAUAAGUUCUGGUUGCAGAAAGUAUACGUUAGAGAAUUUAGAUGCAGUCAUAGUUUUGUUUUCCUUUUUGACUCUCCUAAGGAGGGGAGAGAGGGGGCUACGUUGUGAGAAUUUUUUAUUGUAUGUAAUUACACAUCUAUUAUCUAUACUUGGAAUGCUUGUUCCAGUGUGUAAAAACAAUCACUACGGUACAAUGAAAUUCUUAUUAUCCAUA